GCCAUGCACAAGACGGGGCUGCUAGGCCUCUGUGCCCGGGCUUGGAAUUCGGUGCGGAUGGCCAGCUCCGGGAUGACCCGCCGGGACCCGCUCGCGAAUAAGGUGGCCCUGGUAACGGCCUCCACCGACGGGAUCGGCUUCGCCAUCGCCCGGCGUUUGGCCCAGGACGGGGCCCACGUGGUCGUCAGCAGCCGGAAGCAGCAGAAUGUGGACCAGGCGGUGGCCACACUGCAGGGGGAGGGGCUGAGCGUGACGGGCACCGUGUGCCAUGUGGGGAAGGCGGAGGACCGGGAGCGGCUGGUGGCCACGGCUGUGAAGCUUCAUGGAGGUAUCGAUAUCCUAGUCUCCAAUGCUGCUGUCAACCCUUUCUUUGGAAGCAUAAUGGAUGUCACCGAGGAGGUGUGGGACAAGACUCUGGACAUUAAUGUGAAGGCCCCAGCCCUGAUGAUAAAGGCAGUGGUGCCAGAAAUGGAGAAACGAGGAGGCGGCUCAGUGGUGAUCGUGUCUUCCAUAGCAGCCUUCAGUCCAUCUCCUGGCUUCAGUCCUUACAAUGUCAGUAAAACAGCCUUGCUGGGCCUCAACAAGACCCUGGCCAUAGAGCUGGCCCCAAGGAACGUUAGGGUGAACUGCCUAGCACCUGGACUUAUCAAGACCAGCUUCAGCAGGAUGCUCUGGAUGGACAAGGAAAAAGAGGAAAGCAUGAAAGAAACCCUGCGGAUAAGAAGGUUAGGCGAGCCAGAGGAUUGUGCUGGCAUCGUGUCUUUCCUGUGCUCUGAAGAUGCCAGCUACAUCACUGGGGAAACAGUGGUGGUGGGUGGAGGAACCCCGUCCCGCCUCUGAGGACCGGGAGACAGCCCACAGGCCAGAGUUGGGCUCUAGCUCCUGGUGCUGUUCCUGCAUUCAUCCACUGGCCUUUCCCACCUCUGCUCACCGUACUGUUCACCUCAUAAAAUCAGUUCUGCCCUGUGGAAAGUCCAGCCUUCCCUGCCGUCAUGGUGGCGUCUUACUCGGGAUUCCUGCUGUUGUUGUGGCCUUGGGUAAAGGCCUCCCCUGAGAACACAGGACAGGCCUGCUGACAAGGCUGAGUCUACCUUGGCAAAGACCAAGAUAUUUUUUGCCCGGGCCACUGGGAAAUUUGAGGGGUGAUGGGAGAGAAGGAACCUGGAGUGGAAGCAGCAGAGUUGCAAAUUAACAACUUGCAAAUGAGGUGCAAAUAAAAUGCAGAUGAUUGCGCGGCUUUGAA